UAACAGCUAACCGUUCCCGUGCACUUAUUGAGUGUGGAAACUUUGGGUAGCUCAUCGAUAGGUCAAGUUACAUGCAACAUCCAUGCAUACGUUGCUUUGUUGCCUCUAUAAAUACCGUGCGGGGCAGAUGCCAUCUCCCCAUGCCAAGCAAAUAAUUUAGCAGCUCUCCACAAGAGGUUUAGAAAUGGCGGUCAAGUUUGUAGUUCUUCUUGGUGUUGUCCUGGCCUUUCUCCUCGUCUCCCAGGAUUUGGCCUGUGCUAGAGAGCUCACUGAAACCAAUGAGUCGUCUAAAGGAAAAGAUGUGAAGCCCGCUGGAGGAGCGCCUGGACUCAAGGAUGAAAAGUGGGGAGGUGGAUACAAUGGAGGAUAUGGCAACGGCGGUGGUUACGGUGGAGGUUACGGUGGUGGUGGCGGGUACGGUGGUGGCUAUGGGCCUAGAUAUGGUGGAGGAUACCACCAUGGCCACGGAGGAGGCUAUGGGCCCGGAUAUGGUGGAGGAUAUGGAUCUGGACAUGGUGGUGGGUAUGGUGGCCCUGGAUACGGUGGUGGAUAUGGUCAGCCUGGGUAUGGCGGAGGAUAUGGCGGUGGCUACGGUGGUGGCUAUGGAGGAGGAUAUGGUAGUGGCGGCGGGUAUGGUGGAGGUGGGGGCUAUGGAGGUGGAUACGGAGGGGGUGGCGGACACCGUGGUGGAUGGAAUUAAGAGACAGAGCUAUGUAUGUCUCUCUACGUCAAAUAAGAAAUGCGUCAUGAUGAUAUAUGGUACAUGGUGAUGGACAUACUGUCGAUGGAUUCUUGUCUUGCAUGAAGUGUGAUAAUAAGAGCUAGGCAGCUAGCCAUGUCUGGCAGUGUGCACGCAGCUGGCUUUUAGAACUGGUACCUCAUCCAGUAUGGACCUAUGUAUACAUAUAAAUAAAUGACUAUCCUGUAAAGUUGUGUAUCAGAGUGUGAUGUUAUAUUAUGUUUGUAAUUGUGCUUCUGCAGCUUCUGAAAGAAUCGCAACGAUGUUUGGUCA